AGCCAAUGGCGCCAAAUGGGGUGCGUAAAUCUCUUCAGAUUCAAGCCAGUAAUCCAUCUUCCAACAUUUUUUCAUCUUCGGUUUCUUUCUCCGGACACCGAUUCAAGCUACUCCAAUGGAAUCUUCAAGAUCGUCAUCAUUCUUCCAAGAUCUCAGUUCCAGAGAGCUCAAUGGAUUCAGAGUUCGAAAGCGGCCGCGAUUUGCCGCUGAUUUUGCGCUUAGCUUUAAGGAAGUCGGAGCUCUUGCCAUUGAACACAACGGGGACCAAACGCCUCCGUUGGCCGUUUCGUUCUGCAAGACGUUGAAAAAUUCUCACAUAUUUGCACUUUCGGAUGAGGAUGGGAUUGUAAGCCUGUUCAAUACUCGCAGCAGAUUUUCGUUGUUUUCAUCUCAUCAGGAAAAUUCAGAGAAUUCUAGGAUCUGUGAAUGGGAAGCCCAUCGCAAUGCCGUGUUUGAUGUUUGUUGGCUUAAGGACGAUACUCAAAUGAUCACAGCUUCGGGUGAUCAAUCUAUGAAGCUAUGGGAUGUUCAGGAAAUGAAAUGCAUAGGAAUAUUGAGAGGGCACAAAGGAAGUGUGAAAUCUAUAUCAUCUCACCCAACUAAUCAUGAUAUAAUUGUAUCUGGUUCUAGAGAUGGCUCGUUUGCUCUUUGGGACUUGAGAACCCCUUCUUGUUCCAAAGUUGGCAAUAAGGAGCUGUGCUUGCGGGCAAGUGCUGUAGUGAAAGGAGCCCAUCUUUCCCCUCAUGCAAAGCGCAUCAGGCGUCAAAAGUCUGCUUCGAAGAGUAUAACUUCAGUUCUUUAUCUAAAGGACGAACUCUCCGUAGCCACAGCUGGUGCAGUGGAUAGUGUAGUGAAGUUCUGGGAUACAAGAAAUUUGAAAAAUGCAAUCACUUGGUGCCAACCCAAAUCCAGUGACAAGGAUACGAGAUUACAUGGUAUAUCUAGCUUAUCCCAAGACGCAAAUGGGUCACUUCUUUCAGCAUCUUGCAUGGAUAAUAGAAUAUAUUUGUACAAUGUACUUCAGCUGGAGAAGGGUCCUAUGAAAUCGUUUUCUGGAUGCCAAAUAGAUUCAUUCUUUGUAAAGUCUGUAAUCAGUCCUGAUGCUUCUUACCUUCUCAGUGGUUCUACCGAUGGAAAUGCCCAUAUCUGGCAGGUGGAUAAGCCUCAUGAAGAUCCCAUCACAUUAACGAAACAUAAUGGAGAAGUUUCGGCGGUGGAUUGGUCUUCGUUUGAAGUCGGGAAGUUCGUGACAUCUUCGGAUGAUUUCACGGUUCGGAUAUGGAAUUCCCAAAACAGCAGCUGCAGCUCAAGCAAAAGGGCAACUUCAUGCAACCGAAAGAGAAUUAUGGCAAUGCCGACUUUAGAACAGGCCAAAGAUUCUGAUAGUUCGGAUUCUCCAUACUUCGACAGAGCCAAUGGCAAUAUCAUGGAGCCCAAAUUAGGCACUCCUGAAUCCAAGGUAAAAAGAUUCUUAUCAGACGCUGCUUUAAUUGAAAGCUUUGAGAAAACACCUGAAGCCACUGCAAAAAGCCCAUCUUCUGUUCUUAUUCCUCCUUCCUCCAUGAAAAGAAAAACAAUCCGAGAUUACUUUCUAGUUGCUUCAUAAAGCCUCAAUUGAUUCUUCAUCAUUUCUAGAGAGUACAUAUUGUUCAUCCACUCUUUUUCUAGACUUUACCUCAAUUUUGGUGGUGCAUUCAAAUAGAAGCCUUUUGAACAAGAACCUCCCCAAGUUUGCAGUUGGUAGCUGACUUUUUUGGGUCAAGUUUGUACCUUAGUUUUGGAUGGUAUGAGAUUAUGUGGUAUUUUGUAGGCUUGCAUUUGAGAUGUACAGUGAAGGGGAAUGCAAUUUUGUAAGAUGUGAAUGAUGGUAUUUUAACUCAUUUUGGUAUAUAUAACA